AGAUAUAAGUUAUCCCCUAUAACUAGUCGGAUAACCAUGCUGUGUGGAUAUGGGCUACCCAUAAUCUCCACACUAAUCACUGUCAUAGCAAUGGCAGUUUUUAACUAGCAGUGCUAGGUUUUGCAUCGAGUCAUGGAGAUAACACAACUAGUGCCUCAUAUCGUGAAGGUCUGAACAGGUGGUAUACAAAAUCUAUUAUACAACGAUUUCAAGGGAACUUCCUGUUACGAACCUCCAUCAUGGUCUCAGUUAACACAAUGCUUUGGCAAAUCCACACUGGAUAAAUGUGCUACAGAUACAAUACAGAGAAAUGGAAUUAGCGAUUGCGAAGAUGAAAGAGGAUCAGGCAGAAGAGGCAGGGUUUGAGGCAAGGGCAGCAGGAGGAAGAAGAGAGCCAAGGCAGCCUUAUCUAUUCUAUGCCUUCUCCAGUUCACCAAACCAAUUGCUGUCCCGAUGCAGCCGAUCGGCUAGGACGCCACAGCCCAACCAGAACUUCAGGCCCAGCCCAGUACAUAUAUAACAUCCCCACACCCCACCUGCCCCGUUGUGCAGAGAAGCAACAAAUUUGCUUACCGUCCCUCAUCUUUACGUCGAGUUCAAUUGACGUCCCUAAACUGUAAAACCAAAAAUCUGCAUCUCUCAUCUUGGUAAAACCAUCCAAGUUAGGUCUUAGUAGUACGAACCCUUAGUUCCACUGAUGUGGCAUCCUAGUCAGCAAAAAGAAAAUAAAAAAAUACGUGAGAGCCACAUCUAAGUGAGCAAAAAAUGUGGGGUCCACAUGUCAGCACCCACUUCUUUCUCUUCUGAUUUUGCUACCAUGCACGCCAUGCCUUGCGCCACCCAUUGCAGCACCAUCUAAGCUCAAGCUCCCCAAGAUUCCGUGCAAGGGAGGUGCCCAAUGAGCCCCUCCGAGCUCGAGCUCGCCGGCAUUCGUGCAAGGAAGCAGGAGACAGGAGAGGGAUAGGGAGGCAGUCGGAGAGCCCCUUUGAGCUCGAGCUUGCCCGACACCAAUGCGAGGAAAGUAGAGGCAAGAGAGUGAGGGAGUGGUCGAUGAUGAGCCCCUCCGAGCUCGAGCUCGCCCGACCUUCAUGCGGGGGAGGCAGAGACAAUCGGAGAGGAUGGGGCCACGACUGUAUGUGAGCGGCGCCGGAUCCCUCAUCUGAGGUGGAAGCUGGAGAAGCAGGUGGUGAUGCGCCGGCUCCACGGGAGCUUCUCAUGCAACGACUCAUGAUCGCUAGCUUCAGUGAUGGUCGCCUUCCACCAGCACGAGCUCCCCAUCCACGCAUAGAUGCAGUAACUACCUUACCACCAGCAAGGUGGGCCUAGGACAUGGUAGCGUGAACGCGGUGGCCUACCCACCGCCAGUGAAUUGGUUAGACUCUUGUCACGGCCAGUGGAGCAACAAGGCAAGGAGAUGCCACCGCCCAUCCCCUUGCCGACGUUGGCCACCACCCCUCCCCCAGCGAUGCCGGCCCUCUGCUGCCCUGGACAAAAUGGAGAAAGAAGGGAGAGGUGGAGAGAGAUUGGAAUAAUAAAGAGAGAGCAUGGGAGGUAGAAGAAAGCCCCUGAUAUGUGGGCCUUAUUUUUUUUCCUAACUAGGGUGCCACAGCAGCUGAAAUAGGCAUCCAUACCACUGAUGGACCUGACUUAAACAGGUUUGCUAUGAAUGGUGCGGGGAUAAAGAUUUCUAGUAUUGUGGUAUAUAAGGAUGUUAAUUAUACUCGACGUAAAGAUAAGGGAUGCUUAGUGAACUUAUUCCUGUAGAUAAUGGCAACCCUAACAGGCAGAUGACAACAUUGUAAUGUUGGUAGGACUGUUGCAUCACAAGCACACCAUCCAUUUCGGACAUAACAAUCCCAGGAUCACAAGCUAUGGCAAGUGUAGGGUAUUGAAGCAACUCGCACCUCCACCUCUCCAAAAGGAUAAUGAAGCAAUUGAAUCUCAAGUGUUGGGUCUCCGGGAUUUCACAGUUCGUUUCUAGGGAGUGUUGGCCUAUCUUGCUAGAAUUUGGCAAGCUAGAAAAUCCUAUAAUCCCAUCGAUUAUAGUAACCAAAUUGAAAAUAUCAGUAUCACAAGAUCUUAUUCUUGUCACCUCAAGAAUCUUGACAUAGACAAACAUCAUUGCCAAUUGCACAGUCCCAACUUCUAAGAAAUGCAUCAGGGCAAAAGCCAAUAUAUAGUAGCCCUAUCCUCCCAAUUGCUACACCAUGGAUCCACUUGCUUAGUAUCACAGGAGUCUAUGUAACAUUGUAUAGUACAUCUUUAGAAACACUGCAGAAUACAAUGCUGAUUUGAUGAUAGUAUAGAAUCGUCUUAUCAACGCCAUCAAUUUGUUGCUUUAUCAUUCCUUGAAAAUGAAAUCCUUUGUCAGCUGGAGCAUGCACUAUACUAGCUCAUAGCUUGUUGAAUCAGAGUAUUUUGAUUCUUAUAUUGAGCUGGCCUCUAGCUGGUAACUAUCUGUCCCAAUUACUCACACUUUAGUUCCUCUCGCUGUACCACUCGUUCAUCUAGCAAUUGCAGCCUUGGGGACUGAACUUAAAUGUUACCAUAAUCUGAAUGACCAGUUCUCUAUAGAUGGCAAGGGUGUGUUACGUGAUGGUCUCGAGGUUGCCAUCAGGAAACAAGCAAACGCACGUCCUAAUCGAUAUGACGAGAUGCCUGAAAUGCGUCGUUUGAUUCAUCUCUGCUCAAUGCUUGAACACAAAAAUAUAGUUAAGCUACUGGGAUAUUGCCAUGAAAACAGGGGAUUUGAUACGUCCAAUGAAUUUCUGUUGCUGGUAGAAGAAUAUAUGGUCAAUGGAAACUUAAGCAACUUUAUCUAUGGGGAGCAGCUUGAUUGGUCCUCCCGAUUCCGAAUAAUUCAAGGGAUAACUCAGGGAAUUAUUUACCUUCACACACACUCUGGGAAACCUACUAUAGUCCAUCUGGACCUGAAACCAGACAACAUCCUCCUGGAUUUAGACAUGAACCCUAAAAUUGGUGAUUUUGGACUAGCUAAAGUAUUAAAAGAUGAUGUGGUCAAUGCAAGCGUUCGUGGAACAUUGGGCUAUAUGCCACCAGAAUAUAUUGUUGAAGGUGUUAUCUCAGUAAAGAAUGAUGUCUACGGUUUUGGCGUAACACUGCUUCAGACCAUUAGUGGAAUGAGCUAUUCUGGAAGAGAUGCUCGUCAUCAAGCUUCCAUUGAGUGGGCAUGGAACGUACGUCUAUCUGGAGGUAUACACAAGCUAUUCGAUCCAUCACUGUGUGACGAGUCUCAACUGAAGGAGAUCAAAAGAUGCAUGGAGAUUGGACUGCUCUGUACCCAGAACAAACCGUCAGACAGGCCAACAAUGCCUGAUGUUCUUGAAAUGCUACAGGGCAAGAAGAAGGUACCGACCCCCAAGCAACCAGGCUACAUCAAAAGAGUACGGGCUGCAGGACGUCACAAACAAGUGUAGGCAGAAACCGUCAUGGCGUCUCCAAUCACCACGUACUCAAUGCUUGGUUUUUGUUUUUAAUUUUCAACAAUGGAAAACUGUUUUACAUCUUGCAAAUUAAUCUGGAUCUGCUUGAUUUUGUUACAACAUCAAACACUUGGAACUGUGAUUUUUGUGAGCUCGGUUAUAUAUAUAUAUGGGCAUGAUAUAUAACUGCCUUGGUGCAAA